AUGGCAAGCCUACCCACCACCUUUGACAAGCCCGUUCACAUCGCCGUCAUUGGCGGCACUGGCCUAAGCCAGCUCGAGGGCUAUACGCCGAUCGCAGCCCUCAAUCCCGACACGCCAUGGGGCAAACCCGCGUCGCCCAUCCACAUCCUCUCGCACGGCGACAUCAACGUGGCUUUCCUCGCUCGCCACGGCCUGCAUCACCAGUUUGCGCCGCACGAGGUGCCCAACCGCGCAAAUAUUGCCGCUCUUCGCAGUAUUGGCGUUCGCAGCGUCGUGGCUUUCUCCGCUGUUGGCUCCCUGCAAGAGGAGAUUAAGCCCAUGGAUUUUGUGCUCCCCGAUCAGGUCAUUGACCGCACAAAGGGCAUCCGGCCUUUUACCUUUUACGAGGGCGGUGUCGUUGGCCACGUAGGCUUUGCUGAUCCUUUUGACAAGAAGCUCGCCGAUGUGGUCAAGACUUGCGCCGCGUCCAUGAAGGGCGACGGCGUGGUCCUACACGACAAGGGCACUUUGAUUUGCAUGGAGGGACCUCAAUUUUCUACUCGUGCCGAGUCGCACAUGUACCGUUCUUGGGGCGGCUCCGUUAUCAACAUGUCGACGCUGCCCGAAGCCAAGCUUGCCCGCGAGGCUGAGCUCUCUUACCAGGUGAUAUGCAUGGCGACCGACUACGACUGCUGGCGCUCGACCGAGGAUGUAAAUGUGGAAAUGGUCAUCAAGUAUAUGCAGGCGAAUAGCAAGAAUGCCAGGCAUCUUGUCGGGGCGGUCCUGGACGAGCUGUCAAAGGCCGAGCACAAGGAGGUCGCCACUGCUGCUCACUGGGCAGGAUCCGUAGAGGGCGCCAUCAAGUUUAUGACGAAGCCCGACGGUCGCAGUGAGCAAGGGAAGAAGAAUGUCGAGUACUUGUUUCCCGGCUUCUGGGCUUGA